GUCAAUGCCGGGCAAGUCAAGUCAGCGGUCAAGGAAAAUCAAUUUAUAAGUUUGUAGUAAAGUUCUUGUUGGUAAAUUAUGGACGAUCAGCCGGCCAGGGGACCACCGCUUCAAAAUCAACAAAGACCAGCGUCACUUUCACCGCGAUUCCCGUCAAACGAAAGCGGACCUCGUCUAGGCCAGCCUCCACCGAGUCUCCACAGACUAGACAGCCGCAGUUCUUUAUCACCACAAUUUCCACCUCGACAAUUUCCACCACGGCCUCAAAAUCCGCCUAGUAAUUUUCCACGUCCUCCUCCCGGAGUUCCAGGCCGAUUUCUUCCUCCAGGUUCCAUCAGACCCUAUCCAGCUCAGCGAGCUCCUUUCAAUCCUCAAGUACAAGCUUCGAGCCAAAUCCGCCAGAGGCCGCCACUAGAAUCUUCCAACUUGCGCUUCGCUCCGCCACGAAUAGUGACCAAUAAUGAAGGCUUAAAGACACCGAGAGACAAAAUGGAGGACGAUAAGAGACCUAUGUCUCGCGCUGAAGAGGAUGACGAUGACGAUGACGUCGUUAUGGACGAUAAGGAGUCUGUUGGGUCUGCUAAGGACAAUUUGAGCCUAUCGGAAUCUUUUGUCUCCAAAAAUGAAGGUCUUAAUCCUGGAACUAAGCCUUCAACUCCUGUUCCAAGCCCUAGUCCUAAAGCUUUAAGCCCUGUUCCAAAUCCUAGUUCAAUUCAAAAGACUCCAACAUCAACAGCAAGUCCUAGUCCAGCUCCUAAGACUCCUACACCAACAGCAAGUCCAAAAACUGAACCUCCAAGUCCAAAAAUAGGAACUCCAGUACAGAGUUCUAGUCCAAAAGCUACUACUCCGGUUAAAACUCCAAGUCCUAAGGCUACUACACCGGUACCUCCUAGUCCUAAAGCUGCAACUCCAGUUCCUAAAGCUCCAACACCUGUUCCAAGUCCUAGUCCUAAAGCUGAGACUCCAAUACAGAGCCCAGGUCCAAAAAAUCCAAUAGCAAGUCCAAAAGAUUCAAUAGCAAGUCCAAAAAUAGGUACUCCAGUACAGAGUCCUAGUCCUAGUCCAAAAGCUAUUACUCCUGUUCCAAAUCCUAGCCCUAGUCCUAAAGCUACUACACCAGUACCUCCUAGUCCAAAAGCAGUGACUCCUGAUCUAAAAACUCCAACACCAGUAGCAACUCCUGGUCCAAAAACUCCUUCAGCACCAAGUCCUAGUCCAAAAUCAAUAACUCCAAGUCCUAGUCCAAUUCCAGGAUCAGAAGACUUGAAAAGCGAUCAAGAAGAGCAAUCUAGAGCUUCGUCUAGGUUGACUAAAUCUCCUACCAAGUCUCCAAACUUAUUAGAGCCAGGAUCUAGGUCUGUUACUCCAAGCCCUGAGAUCAAAGGAUUUGACAACGGAAAGCCUAGACCACUUACUCCUUCAGUUUCUGCUAGUCCUUCACCAAAACCUCCAGAGUCUCCGGUUCUAUCGUCACCUGGUUCUAAGACACCUAAUACUCCUGUGGCGGCUUCUCCGAAGCCGCCAGCUACACCGAAAACUCCCGGAACUCCUAAAGAGGAAAAGAAAAAGACUACUUUUGCGGAAGAUACUAUAGAUGAUGAAGAAAAUAGUGGAAAGGCUACGAGAGCUGGAACUCCAGCUGUUGUCGACAAGCCUGAUCCUCCUGAUGCUAAAUCUAUGAAGCGGUCUGCUUCUGGACGGUCUAUCAAAUCAGAAGCUGCAAGCGAAAAUGGAGCUACGGGAAAUGGACAACCGUCGACGAAUGGAGUAGCAGUCUCGCCGACGAAAAAAGCACCGACAAAACCAAAAACUGUUGGCUCGCCUAUUAAAUCACCGAGUAAAUCUAUCAAGUCGCUACCGAGGACUCCGGAAGCUGGACCUCCGUCGACUACCGAGAAAAAAAAAGUACCGAUGAACAAAGUUCAAGUCGGCGCAGCACCCUCGCCAAACCUGAAAACAGUUCGUUCAAAAAUAGGGUCUCUGGAUAACGCGAGCUACAGACCUGGAGGAGGUAAAAUAAAAAUUGAGAACAGAAAGUUGGACUUUAGCAACGCCCAGCCGAAAAUUGCCGCUAAAAAUGAUAAAUAUAUGCCGAGUGGAGGCGACAAAAAGAUAACUCAAGUGAAACUACAGUGGAACGCUAAACCAAAAGUCGGAUCACUCGAUAACGCGACUUACAAGCCCGGCGGCGGUGAUAAGAAAAUAGAAACUAUCAAAGUUGACUUCAAAGACAAAGCCAAGCCGAAAGUCGGCUCCAAAGAUAACGCUAAGCACGUUCCAGGUGGCGGGACUGUCAAGUCGGGUGCGACGACGCCCAAGACACCCCAGGAGUUUUCCGACAAUAUCGAGACACAGAAGAUCGAUAUCAAAGCGGAGAGCAAAAUCGGCUCGAUGGAUAAUAUGAAACAUAAACCAGGAGGCGGUGAUAAGAAAAUCUUCGAUGACAAAGAUUACUUACGGCAAAUGGGGGGUGCUUCUAAUGCACAGAGUGUCAACGGUAGUGGUACUCAGGAAAAAGAUCCGAAUCCACCGCCAUCAACGCCAACAAGAAUUCGUCCAACGUCAAUAACCCCAAUGACACCUGAAGCCUUACGAACAAGUCUGAUCGCCAAGACACCAGAAACAUCUACUGAGCCUCCAACAGUCCGCGCGUUGACGGCGACUUUAUCUAAACCAGCGAUCCAGACUCCACGAAUGGCUCCAAAGUCGCCUAAAUCACGGCCUCCAAGCUUAGACUUGUCCAACUCCAGCUCUAGCAGCUCACGAAAAUCAUCUCCGACUGUCCAUUUUCCUUCUAUAGCUCAAGCCUUGCCAGAUGUCCUGCCGGAGCAGCGAGAGCCUGUCAAGUUUCCUAAGCUAGAACCUCACACUCUUACCAAUCGUGCGAGACUUGCUUAAUUGCUAAAUAAAUAAUAAUAAUUUAUUGUUAAGGCCACGAUUUUUGGCUUUUAGGAAUUAUACUG